AUGGUGCUGCUGCUCGACGGCGGCGUCGGCCACGAGUGGAAGAAGGCGCACGGCGACGCGAGCUUCCUGGGCGGCGCGCUCGCGUGCGAGACCGACCCGGCGCGGACCGGCGUCCCUUCUCUUCAUGUGAAGCUCUCGUGGCCUAAUGGACAAGGCGUCGCCCUCCUAAGGCGAAGAUUGCGGGUUCGAGUCCCGUCGUGAGUAUUUUCUGAUUGGUCCGCGCGCGCAGGAGGGCGUCGCUGCGGUCCACGAGGCGUUCUUCGCCGCCGGCGCCGACGUCGCGACGACCAACAGCUUCGUGGCGACGCCGCACCACGCCGGCGACCGCGCCGUGCCGCUCGUCACGGCCGCGGCGCGCUGCGCGCAGCGCGCGGCGCGCAGCACCGCGCAGCCGCUGCCGGCGAUGCGCAAGGUCGCGGGCUGCCUCCCGCCGCUCGGCGAGUGCUACGCCGUGCGCCGCGACCGCUCGGACGCCGACGCCGCGGUCUACGAGCAGCUGGCCUUCGCGCUCGCGGACGAGAAGGUCGACGUCCUGCUGGCGGAGACGCUGACGCACUCGAGCGAGGCGGCGAACGUGAUCUUGGGCGUGAAGAUGGCGUCGCUGAAGCGGGGCUACCGGCUGCCGCUCUGGGUCGUCUUCACGCUGGCGGACGACGCGACGGGCCGCCUGCGGGGCGGCGAGCGCGCGGCCAUCGCGAUCCAGCGCGCGCUCGACGCGGCGGACGGCGCCGGCGUGCUCCUGAGCGGCGUCGGCGUGAACUGCUGCGCGCCGGGCGCCGUCGACGCGGCGCUCGCGGACGUCGUCGAGGUGGCCGAGGGACGGGAGGUCAUCGUCUACGCGAACGCGUUUGAAAGCACGACGUCGGAGUGGCUCAAGAAGGAGGGCCGGCCGGACUGUUGCGGCAAGCCGUGCCGCGGGAACCCGCGCGAGUACGUCGACGGCGUCAUGACGCCGGACGCCUACGCGCGGCGGGCGGCGUCGUGGGCGCGCCGCGGCGCGACGGUCGUCGGCGGCUGCUGCGGCACGACGCCGGCCCACACGAAGGCGUGCCGCGUCCUGUUCGACCGGCAGCGCCGGCGGUCGCGGUUCUUCGGCUACUUGACCUUUCUUGCGGUCGUGCUUGCGGUGCUGGCGCGCGCGCUUGGGCCGGCGCUGGCGCUGGCGCUCGCGGAGAAGAGGGUAUGGGAUGAACUAUAG